AUGAUCUCGAGAACGAAAAUCCUUUUUGUCGUCGUGUUUCUCAUUUCUUUGGGAAUUGUGGCCGAAUGUCAAUUGGAUAACAUCAUGGGUUGCGUUUUCUGUCAGUUGAUCACCGAGUCGAUAGCUCAGGAAAUGACACCACCGCAUGCAUUCAAGACAAUGUAUAGACGUUGCGCAAAGAUGGGCUUGAUGGAGCCGGUGUGUGACGCGUUUAUCGAGGAAAACGCAAAGAAAAUGUUUAUGCUUCACAAGAGCGGAUUUUCGCCUGAGCAGAUCUGCCACAAGCUUGCCCUGUGUCAGAUCAAC